CUCUCUCUCUCUCUCUCUCUCUCUCUAUCUCUUUGUCUCUCUCUGCAGUUUCUUUUCCUCCGCCAAUUUCCCUAUUUUCUGUCUAUAUUUUAAAAUCGAUUUGUCUCUUUCUGUGUCCGAUCCCAAUACAAAAACGUAUCCUUGAUCCUCAUUUGAUUUGGUACUUUUACUCUUUUUUUUUUAAAAGGGGUUUGGAGAAUGAUUCGAGGGCUUCAGGGUCAAUGUAGGUCAAUGUUCUUGUAAUUGAGGUUUCAAUUCGCUGUCUGCAAUCAAGGAUUUCGGAUUUGGGGCGUUUUGGAUAUGUAGUUGGAGAAAGGGGGUUCUUGAUUUUCGGAAAAAGUUACCCUCAAUUUUGACGAUUUUGUAAUUAUUGUAGAAAAAGUCGGAUUUUUCCAAUUGGAUUUUCUGGGAUUCGGUAUUUAUCCUGUUUGAUGCUAAUUUAAUGCUUAUAUUGCGAUCGUGUGGUUCUUAGGCCGAGUUAUUGGGGUAAAGUGAAGGUUUUGAUCUGCGGAGAGGUGUCAAUUGGGAAUUUUUCGAGAUUUGGGGGUUUAUUGUUUGGUGGGUUUGGGGUUAUGCACACAAUAAAGGCUGAAAUUAGCACAAAUCCUUGUAAAAUAGCCAUUUUGAGCUUUUGGGUUGAGCUGUAUUGAAGAUUGUUGCAUCAUGGAGCAUGUGAUUGCUGGGAAGUUUAAGUUGGGGAGGAAGAUUGGGAGUGGCUCUUUUGGAGAACUCUAUUUAGGUGUAAAUGUGCAAACUGGAGAGGAGGUGGCUGUUAAGCUGGAACCUGGGAAGACCAAGCAUCCCCAGCUUCACUAUGAGUCAAAAUUGUAUAUGCUUCUUCAAGGAGGAACGGGCAUACCCCACCUCAAGUGGUUUGGAGUUGAGGGUGACUACAACAUCAUGGUUAUUGAUCUUCUUGGACCAAGUUUGGAAGAUUUGUUCAACUACUGUAAUAGGAAGUUCACAUUGAAAACAGUGUUGAUGCUUGCAGAUCAAUUAAUUAACAGAGUUGAAUACAUGCACUCAAGAGGUUUUCUUCACCGUGAUAUAAAGCCUGACAACUUUUUAAUGGGCCUAGGGCGUAAAGCCAAUCAGGUCUAUGCUAUUGAUUUUGGUCUAGCAAAGAAGUAUAGGGAUCUUCAGACUCAUAGGCACAUACCAUACAGGGAGAACAAGAACCUCACAGGCACUGCUCGCUAUGCAAGUGUUAACACUCACCUUGGAAUUGAGCAAAGCAGAAGAGAUGAUCUGGAAUCUCUUGGUUAUGUUCUAAUGUAUUUCCUAAGAGGAAGCCUUCCCUGGCAGGGUUUAAAAGCUGGCACAAAAAAGCAAAAGUACGAUAAAAUCAGUGAAAAAAAAAUGUCAACUCCUAUAGAGGUGCUGUGCAGAUCACAUCCAUCUGAGUUUGUAUCCUACUUUCAUUAUUGCCGAUCAUUGCGGUUUGAAGACAAGCCAGAUUAUUCUUAUUUGAAGAGGCUUUUCCGAGACUUAUUUAUUCGAGAAGGUUAUCAAUUUGACUAUGUAUUUGACUGGACUGUAUUGAAGUACCCUCAGAUUGGUGGCAGCUCUAGAGGAUGGCAUGCCAAUGGAAAAGCAGGUUUAAGCGCCGGGCCAUCUAUGGAAAGAACAGAAAGAGUCUCAGCAUUUUCCCUUUUGGUUUCCCACAAAGAUAGAUUCUCAGGUGCAGUUGAAGCAUUUUCGAGGAGAAAUACUUCAGGGUCUAGUCCACGUCAGGAUCAUUUGAAACACAGGUCUUUUGAGGAUGCACCUUCAUCCAAAGAUGUGCACCAUGAUUCUGAAAGGGGACGGAGUUCCUCUCGAUAUGGCAGCACUUCAAGAAAAGCUAUUAUAAACAGUAAGCCAAGUUCCUCAGCUGGUGAUCAAAGUCACAGUGAUGGCCGCACAAGCCGAUUAGUCUCAAGCAGUAGCCGCCCUUCUACCACACAGAGAGGUAAUUUGGGGUAUGAACCCAAGCGCUCUGCAGCAGCAAGAGGCACACGUGAUGAUCCUCUCCGGAGCUUUGAGCUCCUUUCAAUCAGGAAGUAAUGGAGAGUAUUUCACUAUAGAUAUUUGCCAGUCAUCUAAUGGAUAAAUCCUCGUACUAUUUGAUGAGUACUGAAAAAAGAAAAACAAAAAACCAAGACAAAAACUCGCUUGCUUUGUACAUGGGAUAUCACCUAAGCACUGCGUUUUCCGAUCUUAUUGCAUGUCUAAUGACAGCAUUUCCAGGCUUUUCUUCCUCCCACUUUUUUCUCUCCCAAGAGUUUCCUUUCCGGCCAUUGUAACUGUAUUAGAAACAUACAUUUUUCUUAGCUGUAAUAAUUACUAUUUCUUUAUUAUACGCCCACUUUGAAUUGAGACCA